AUGUACAGAGCGCUCUCGCCCAUUUUCGACGUCCCAGACCUGCCAACUCUCAGAAGAGUAAAGCCACUCCCGAAACGCAGACGGACAUCCGAGACGUCUCUCCACGGCGAUGCGAGCAACACCAUGCCCGGAAUCCCAGCUAUCCUUUCUGCUACCGACGAGCUGAUGGCGCACGCAGAUGCACUGACGGCGCAGAUGGCGCUGCAGUCAUACUACAUGCCUGUGCUCGGCGGCGUCCAGGACCUCUUCAAGGGCGAUCUGCACUCUGCGACAUCCACGCCGAUCGAUCUGGGUGGGAGCUUGUUCGGGCUGGCUGACUUUCGCAGUGCGCACGACGACGACGAGGAGCAGACGGGCGAUGGCGAUUAUGUCGACCACCUACAGCAGCCUGGGAAUACGAAGAAGAGGAAGGUCCCCGCGAACAUGUCGGGCUCAAUGCAUGGGCAUGACGCCGGCUCAGGUAACUCUGGCGCAGAGGACGAUCCGGCAGACCGCGGUAUCCCCAGCGGAGGCCGGCUGGACCGCGAUUAUGACACUAUCAACGUCCGCCCGCCGUCUUCGCCACUCGCGAUGCUCUCACAGCAGAGGAAGGGGCGGCUACCGAGAGCGACCCGUGCGGCGUUGCAGCACAAAGAGAUACUAAGGAGCCGGAAGCGUCAGUUGGCCUCGGUACUUGGGGCGUUGUCUCAUGGAGACACGCUGGCCUUGGACCAAGCUCUUUCUGCCAGUUACCCAUUCACACGUGUUGGCUGGGGCGGUGACUUCAAGGAUCCGCAGCCGCCAAGGGUCAGACUCUCUCGGCGGCGGGAGCCUCGUCUUGCUCGCGCGUUUCGUGCGUUUCGUGCUGCUCUACCCCCAGCGCCCGAUGAUCCCAAGGCCGUUAUAUCAUCGGACACCAAGUUUUCAUUCAUUUGCCACAGCGCGACCUCAGAUCGUCUCAUAGCGACGAAGGAGGAGGUCGCCGAGCUGCAUGCCCGUUUUGAAGCGGAACUCGCUCAACAGGCUGCCAAGGCCGCAGAGGCGGCAAAACAAGCGGCUGCGGCGCUCGGUGGGCCUCUUGUCAAGCGUGCGGAUCGCUCGAAGCAGGGUCGCGCGUUCGGACCCCGCAGUUCUGAUCCGAAGGCAGGGACUUUGGAACAGUCUCUGCUGGGAUCGAAAGACCGCGGGGGAAAGAAGAAGAAACGAUCCGCUCUCGCCAAUGCAUCGAACCCGCACCAUUUGCGCAACUACGUGCCUUCUCGCCUCCCGCACUCUGGACAAGCCAAUACGACACAGGCCGUACAAAAUGCCCAGAACCUCCUCAGCCCGAUUCCCCUGCGAUUCUUGUCUGCGGAUAUACCUCCAAGAAGGCGAAAGAAGUCUGACCACCCGGCCGUCCCGGUGUCGAUCCUGGCGAACCCUGCAGACGAGUGGAUCUGUCCGUUCUGUGAAUACAGCUUAUUUUAUGGCGACGACGCCGGGCUCGAGCGUGCGGUGAGGAAUCGCAAGAAGAUCCUGAGACGACGGCGCCGAGCCCGAGAGCGUGCGGCAGCAGCAGCGAGCGGCAGUGCGACGCUGAAGACAUCGGAGAAGGACGUCCCUGCUGAAGACGGGCACCCUGGAUUCGAAGCACCGGCCGCUGAGAGCGGGGUGACGGCAGCAGGAAAGCAGACGAAAUGGAAGGAGGAGAGGGGUCGCGGGGGGCACGGCAUUGCACAGGGAGCACUGGGAUGA